UUUUCUAAUAACAGAGCAGAGUGGAGCUGAUAGUCACAGAGAGCAAGAAAAGCUAAACAACCUGACACUGAAGGCACUCAGCAAGUAGUUUAGAGAGGCAAAUUAUGAGGUUAAAGUGAAAAAAGAACAAGAAGUUGAUCCGGGUAUGACUGAAAACUAGAAUUACAGCUCAUGUGGGAGGAGAGCAGCAGAGACAGAAAAAUCUCCAACAAUGGCGAGCCGCAGCAAAGAACCCACCGAGGAUCCCAGGAAACAGAGCUUCUGGAUGCCGGGAAACUAUGUGCGUACUGUGCACCGAACUGAGCAGUCCUUCCAGGCCUGCAAUGACAUCAUGGCUUGCUUCGUGGAGAGAGCAAAGGUGGAAAAACAGUACGCUCAGCAGCUCAGCCAGUGGAGCAACAAGUGGAAGUCCAUUGUGGAGUCUCGGCCUCUUUACGGCUCCCUAAUGAGGGCAUGGCAGUGUUUUUUCACCUCCACCGAGCGUCUGUCUGCCCUCCACUCCUCCAUUGCUCAGUCGCUCACCGAAGAAGAAGGCGAGCGGGUGAAGACCUGGCAGAAGGAGACGUUUCCCAAGAAAAUCUUCUGUGGGUUCAAGGAGAGCUACAACAACAGCACAAGUUUUUCACGAGCGCAGAAACCCUGGUCCAAAAAGCUGCAGAAGUUGGAGAAGGUCCGGGUCGCAUACCACAAGUCCUGUCAGACGGAGCAAGCAGCUCUCGACAAAGAGAAGCAAGCGAAUGAAAACUCUGAGAUGAGUGAAGCGAAAAAGCAGAAGAUCAGGGAGGCCAAAGAGAAAGCUGCAGAGGAGAAAGACAAGGCUAAGGAUCGAUACGAAAAGUUGCUGGAGGAUGUGUCGUCGUUCACACCUCGCUACAUGGAGGAAAUGGAGGCCAUUUUUGAGCAGUCACAGGAAGAAGAGAGGAAGAGGAUCAGCUUUCUGAAGCAAGCGUUUCUCUCCAUCCACAGACAUCUGGACAUCACGAACAACGAGAGUGUGAAAGCUGUUUACAGUGAGCUCCAUCAGACUUUGAUGUCCAUUGAUGAGCAAGACGAUCUCAAAUGGUGGAAGAAUAACCAUGGGCCUGGCAUGCCGACCGACUGGCCAAAGAUUGAGCAAUGGGUCCCACCUGUAAAAAAGCUAAAGAGAAAAAAAAGAGACCAGAAGGGGAAAGAAAGUCGACCAGUGAUGAUCGGGGGUGUGAAGGUGAAAGCGUUGUAUGACUACGUGGGAGAGGAAGCUGAUGAGCUGUCCUUUAAAGCAGGUGAGAUCUUCCUGAAGGUCGAGGAGGAAGAUGACCAGGGCUGGUGUAAAGGGGUCCUGAGCGGAGGGAAGGAGGGCUUCUACCCAGCUAAUUACGUUGAAGUCGCAGAGUGACGGUUCAGACUGUCCAGCAGCUGACGUCCUGAAUGUCUUUUUCCUCACAAAUAUUUUUAAUACUAUUCUUAAAGCAACAAUUUAUUUAAAGUCACAGUUUGACGUCUAAGAUGUUAACAUGUACAAUUUCGAAGACUUAAUAUUCUAACUUGUUUAGCUUGAGUCGUUUUAAGAUCAACUAAAACUAGAAUGUCUUGUUUUAUGGCUAAUGUUUUCUUGUACGGGUGUGUGUGUGUGUGUGUGUUUGCAUGCUGAUGUGUGUGUGUGUUGAGUCUUGUCAAGAAGAAGCGAGAAAAACAAAACAACAGAAAAUGUUUGUUUUCAGUUUUUGUGUCCAUAUUAUUUGAAUUAUGCUGACACAGGUUUACAAUGCUGCGUGCAUGCAGUGUUCAUGUUUACUUCAAGAGUAUAAUGUUUAAGAGCACAGAAGUCACAGUAAAGAAAGUGGAUUUUCAAAAUAAAGCUACUCUAAUGCACAUGUAGAGGUGAAUGUUUUUGCAUAUAUAUUUCUCCAUUUAUGAAAAUAUUGAAACAUUGUUUAAAAUAUUAAUAAAAACAAAAAUUGAAUCUCAUGA